AUGUUACCCAGAACAGGUGCGCGCCGUCUCCUGCAGGAGCUCUCGUCCUCCUCCCCGAGCGCGGCGUCGCUCCGAACCCGCGCUCUCCGUCCCUUUACCGCAACAGCGCACCCCUUCCUCCAGAACCGACCCCCGAUCAACAUACCACAGUCACAACAAGCAGCCGCCUCGGCAGCCCUCCAAAACCUCUCCCACCUCACGCCCGCCCAAAUAACAGCCCUCCUCUCCUCGCAACCCCCUCGCUCGCGCCGCUCCGUCAUCCUCCGCCGCUUCGCCUGGGCCAUUUUCUUCUUCGCCCUAGGCUACAAGCUAACCGACGACCAAAUCGCAUCCUUCCGCUUCGCCACGCCCUUCCUCUACCCGCCGGUCGAGUACGAACCAGAAGAGAUCCCGCAGUACCGCUCGCAUGCGACCACGCAGGCCUUCCAGGAGUACCCGGUGCUCAACGCCAUGGUCCCCGCCGUCUCGAUAUCGGACGGCAAAGUGAGCGUGCGGCCGACGGACUGGGAACACUGGGAACCCUACGAGAGCCUCCCCGCGGACGUCAAGGCGCACCACCUCUGCGCGGGCGCCUUGAACAACCCGAACGCUCUGGGCCUGGUCAACGUCGUUUUCCGGCACAAGCUCACCGGCGAGCUCAUCCUCGCCAUCGUCUUCGGCCAGAGCACGAGCGGCUGGCCCAGCGUCGUCCACGGCGGCAUGCUGAGCACAAUCAUGGACGAGGCCCUGGGCCGUCUCGCCGCCCUGAAUUUCACCGCCGGCACCGCCGUCACGGCCAAGCUGAGCAUGGACUUCAAGGAGCCCGUCACCCCGGGCGUCCUGUAUCUCGUCCGCGUCCACAAGGCCCUUCCCGAGCUACAGAGGGAACACCCCGGCGCCGAGGAUAAGACGGACCGCAAGCUGUGGAUCGUCGGCCGCAUGGAGGGGCCUGAAGGGGAGACCGCCGUCGAGGCCAGGGGUCUGUUUGUCGUGCCCAAGGGUGUUGAUGUCAAACCCCUUGGCAAGCAUUUCUAG